AUGACAUCGUAUCAAGAAUUGACAGCAGACAUACAAGGUCUUGCAACUAGUUUCCCUAAAAGAUUGGCUAAUGAUUCUGACAAUUCAUUACUUAUUAAUGUUGCACCAACAGGUCGACAAGCCAAGAGACAUAUCCAACAGAUUAAUUACUCCGAGGAGUUUGCAGAUGAACUUGAUUUUGAUGAUGUCCCAUCUUCAACACCUGGUACUCGAAAUUUGAAUGAAAAUAAGGCACAAAUAGAAGCACAAAGAUAUUCUCUUGCAAAAAACACACCAACGCCCAAGAGAAUAUUGGAAACCCCAGUGUUAUCUGAAUUAGUUGAUAAACCAGUGGUGCUUAUUCCUAUCAAAAUUAUGAUUGAAAAUUUGAACACAAAUCAAAAAUUGAUUGAUUCGUUUAUGUGGAACUUGAAUGAAAGCUUGAUUACACCGACAGAGUUUGCGGAGAUAGUUUGCAAUGAUUUAGAUUUACCAUUGACCAUGGUUGCACAAAUAGCUGACUCUAUUAACCAGCAGAUUGAAGAGUAUUCCUAUGCAUCUAACUUGCAACUACCAGACAAGGGUCCCUAUAAUGUUACGAUCGAUUUAUCAGUAAACUUAAAUAAACAAUUAUACCAAGAUAGAUUUGAAUGGGAUAUGAACCAAAAUGAAGUCACACCAGAGAUUUUUGCUGAAAUAGUUGUUGCUGAUUUGGGAUUACCGUUAGAAUUCAAGAAUGCCAUAUCUCAUGCAUUGCACGAAAUAAUCAUCAGAGUGAAAAAAGAAGUUAUUGAUGGUACUUUCAACAAUGAAAUACAUAACUUGCAUCUAGUUAAAGGAAUAAUGUUUGAACAAGGAAUUAGGAUUUUCACUGAAAACAGUAUUCAAAACGGAAAUGAUCGUUGGGAGCCUUUGGUAGAAGUGUUGACUUCUAGUGAAAUCGAACGAAGAGAAAACGAAAGGGUCAGAAAUUUGAGAAGAUUAAAGAGAGAGAAUUUGAGAAGAGAUUACGAUGAUCAUAGCAGAAGAAGGCAAGCGGGGAAAAGAAGGUACGAUGAGUUAGAAGGAGCCUGGGUAUAA